UCAGCUCAGUCUACAGCUGAGCACAACAGAGAACAGUGUUAUCGAAAAUUCCGUUGACCCUGUGUUUGUGUGUCCAUAUCUUCCACUUUGUGCAUUUUGGCGCAGAACUCUCAUUCUAAAUUCGUGCUUCAACCGGUCAAGUCAUGUUUUCAUCAACGACGAAGAUUUCGGACCUACCGCAAAUGGAUUCGGUGGACCUCGAUAAGGUUCUCGAGGACAUCGGUGGCUUCGGUAAAUACCAAAUCCGAAGGUACUUGCUCAUCUCAGUGUUGCUGAUCUUCGCAACGUUCCCUAUCAUUAGUUACGUCUUCACCACUCACGACUUCAACUACAGAUGUUAUAUAGAGGGAUGUGAAGAAGCCCAACCACCCAUCUACCAUCCGAGAUGGUUGAGGGACGCAGUCCCUUACGAAGGAGAUGCUCCAAGCAGAUGUCUUCGAUACACCCAAUUGGAACACAUGGAUGGAACCUGCGAUAAUUCCACCUUCGAUAGAUCUGAAACCAUCCGAUGCACCGACUUCGUCUACGAGAACAUCGAUGAAACUACAAUAGCGAAAGAUUUCGGCGUUCUUUGCGAUGAGAACUUGUGGAAGUUGACUAUAGUCGGAACCAUCAACAACUUAGGCUUCAUCGCCGGUUUACCCGUAUCGGGUUAUCUUAGCGACAGGUUUGGAAGACGUAUCAUGAUGAUUUUACCUGUACUCCUAAGUACAAUUUUGGGGUUGAUCAAAUCUUUCACUCCGAGUUAUUUGACUUUUAUAUCUGUGGAGUUUAUGGAAGCUACAUUAGGAUCUGGAGCGUACAGUGCUUCCUACAUAUUAGGAAUGGAAAUGUUGAGUGCUGAAUAUAGGGUUUUGGGAAGUACAAUUUUGUCUUGUAUAUUUGCGCUGGGCGAGACGAUUAUGGGAUUUGUGGCCUGGUACGUUCCAGUCUGGAGGACUUUACUGCGUUUGCUGUACGCUCCAGGAUUGUUGCUCGUCUCGUACUUCUGGUUGACCGAUGAAUCUGUGAGAUGGUUGGUUUCGAACGAUAAAAUUGAUGAGGCUAAAGUUGUGCUGAAAAAGAUGGCUGGAGAGAAUGGAAGAAAGUUGGAUAGUAACACUAUGAAGCAGCUGAGUGCAGGUGGUACCGGGAAGGAUGUUAACAACAAAUCUGUAGAUUCCUUCUCCGACGUCUUCAAAUCACCGGUACUGUUCCUCAGACUGUUGAACUGCUGCUUCGGAUGGGUGUGCGUAACGUUCGUCUACUACGGCCUCACGAUGCAUUCCGUCGGAAUAUCAGGAAAUAUGUACAUUAAUUACAUAGCCGUUGCUCUCAUUGAAAUUCCCGGCUACGUCGCCGUCAAUUACACCCUCAGCAGGAUCGGCAGGAAACCUUCCCUCUCGUACUCCUUCCUGCUGAGCGGCGUCGCGUGCUUCGGCUUCGUAUUCACACCAGAAAGUAAUACAACAGUCAGAUUGUGCAUGUAUCUAUUAGGGAAAUUCGCUGUUACCAUGUCUUACACCAGCAUCUACCUCUACACCACGGAGCUCUUCCCCACCUGCCUAAGACACACGUUCAUCUCCACGUGCUCAAUCUUCGGAAGGAUAGGAGCCAUGGUCGCACCUCAAGUUCCCCUUCUGGCGAAAAUCUACAAAUCGUUACCUAUGAUCCUCUUCGGAUCGUUAGCUUCAAUAGCCGGAUUAUGCUCAUUCAUGCAUCCGGAAACUCUAGGCAUAAAAUUACCAGACACAAUCGAAGAAGCCGUCAACGUGGGCAAUGAAAGUGACGUCGAAAAAUCCUAAUUUUACCCAUUAACUUAAAACUACUGAUAUUAUUUAAUAACUCAACAAAACAA